UUGGCUCUGUACCACCACGCCGAAUCUGCUUUUUGAUAAUGUUGUUGUCUCCCUCUCCUUUUCUCUGCUGUCAUGGUGUGAGCAAUUGACUCCAUUCCUUGCUAUGUUUUCUCACAAAACUUUUAGGAUCAAACAAUUCCUGGCCAAGAAACAAAAGCAGAAUUGUCCCAUUCCCCAGUGUAUUCAGGUGAAAACUGUCAAUAAAAUCAGGUACAACUGUAAGAGGAAACAUUAGAGAGGAACCAAACUGGGCCUAUAAGGAAUCAGAAUGAGAUGGCACCCAAAUUUAUGCCAUAUCAAGGUCACUAGCAUCUUACCAUAUCAAGCUGAAAACAUCACCACUAUCUGGAUGGUUGGACAUGUUAUAU